AUGGCCCUCGAAGCCCCAUUGAGGUCAUCGUCUGCACGUUUACCGUCUGGUUUUGCACCUCUCAACGAGAUGUCGUCUUCAACCCCCGAUCCCCAUCUUCGACCCCACAGCGCUCAGAGGAUAUCAGCAAGCCUCAGUCUCGUGAGCCCUAGUGACCUCGUCGGCCCUUCGCCCGUCACCUCGAACGGAACCGAAACGACUGAGAUAGAGGAUGAAGAGUCCGAGGAUGUUGUUCAGCCCAACCUGCCCGUAGCCCAGCCUCCUCAGCUGUUGAUGCUCAAGACGAACAUUCCUGAGCAAAUCCGCAAGAGUGUCAGCGAGGAAUCCGUGUCUGUUAUUCACGCUCCCGAGAGCUUCCGCAGCUGGACGUCGACCGAGCCGACAGCAAAACAGGAACAGAUGAGCGAAAGAGACUCACCGAAAGACACUGAUGACAUGGCCAGUGUUGAGGAAUCCCAUGAAUUGGGACAGGUACAGCCCUCCCGGGAGCCUCGGACUCCGGCACCCAUAACGACUAACAUAAGGCCGCUUCGGUACACCAUCGAGGCCACCACUCCACAAGCACAAAACUUCAAAGAUGUUUUCGGGGAGUCUACUAGGAUACGCUCCAGUAGCACAAGUAGCCUAGGAAAAAUCGAUGAGCUCGGUGAGGGAGAUCCAGAUGCUGAAACGGACCAGGAUGGCCUGUAUGACCACUCGUUCGAUGAAAUGCGGCUAGAGUUCUCAUCCGAGAUUGCCGCCCUCCGAGCCGCUCUCCAGGAAUGUUGGACCCUCUGCAACACUCUUGCGAACCUCAGCUCUUUUCAUCGUUCGCGCGUUUUCAAUAACUCGGGAACCCCUGAUGCACAUGAAAAGGCAUGGAAGUCUUGCUGGAAGCUUUGCCAGCGACUUUACGACAACAAGGACAAAGACGAAGAGUCGCUGUCCGUGCAGCGAAUGAACCUCGACCUCUGCCGCGAUUUCUGCCAGUCUCUGUUUGAUAUUAGACAGCGGCAGGAUGAAAUUGCAGACUCCAUCCUCCGGGUCAGUUUUGAAUUAAACAACCAUCUCUAUAGCGCACAGGAUACCCGUACUCUUCCGGAAGCCUUCCGUGAGCGGACUCUGGACUUUUACAUCACCUUGUGCCACCGCCUAAUGAAACAAAGGAGCGAACUCGAGGAGGAAACCGACUCGCUUCUUCGGGCGUGCUGGACCCUAGCCGAAAUGCUCUUCAGCUUAAGGCAGAAUAAGCGGGAAGGUCAACCUGCGAGCGAAGAGCUCCUGGGUUCUGCGGUUCAGGCGUGCUGGGAGCUUUGCGACAUCUUCAGAGAGGGUUGCACCUCCGUUCGGCCCGAAAGGAAUACUCCACGUGCGUCCCAGACCAGCUUCUUUGGGCAUCAUGAGCCGAGUGGCCGCGAAAGCCGUACGUCCAAUCGAUCAUCUCUCAGCAAAGCUCAGUCUCAUAAAACUCUUGAGGAACGGCCUAGGAGGGUCCCGGUUCCUGAGACUCCGGUAACUGAAUUCGAAGACACCCCGCUAUCUCCGGAGAGCGAGUCGGGUGCGCAGCCCAAUAUUCUUGUUCUCGGAACCGCGUCAGAUAGCAGCCGGGGAGGUCGAUGGUCCAGCAAUGCCUCGAGUCUUUCCAGCUACUCGCACAGCAGCGCCAAGACAUCCAGUACUGCCACGACCGCGACAGCUGAAGACAGCAACGUGACUCGCAUAAAAAUCUUGAUUCUCAAGGCGGCUAUGAUCGUUGGCUAUACCCGAGACGCGGCGUCUGAAGGCAAGGGCGGAAUGGGUUCUCUCCAGACGUUCGUCAAGCAGCUUCCGCUUGGCUCCUUCGGCUCCCUACCAUCCCACGCAACCCUCUUCCAAAGCUACAAAGCCCUCAUUCUUUCCGAUGCUGUCCUCCCGCGGUAUCCCAACCUGCCGGCCCGAGGACGACGUGCGACAGCAUCCGAGAUUGCCAAGGCGGUCCUGUAUAUGAUGCAUCGUUCGAGCCAAUACGCAUUCCUCAAGGAUCUCUUCCGGCUUGUAUUUAACUUUACGGUCGACGAGGCCGAGUCGAGGAAGAACUUUAGCAUUGUCGUAUAA